CAAUUUGUAAGGGUUUUGCUGGAUUCUGCAUCGCAAAGUCACUUCAUUACCAGCGAAUGUUGUGAUCGUUUGGGGUUACGGCAGAAUACCAUUCAACGUACUACUGUGAGGGGCUUCGGGGGAACGGAGAGGGCAUCCCACGGGACAGUAGACUUACAGUUUUUCUCGCGCUUUAAUAAUAACAUAAAAUACAAAAUCAAUUCUUUAGUUGUUGAUAAGAUUACUGACAACUUACCUACCGCUUAUGUCGACUCCACCGCCCUGCCAUAUCUUAAUAAAAUAGCAUUGGCAGACGACCAUUUCGCUACGCCCAACAAAAUCGAUGUUUUGAUUGGUGCUUCGCUGUUUCCGCAUUUGAUUCUUCCCGACGACGUGGUCUCCAGUGGACCAUCGGGGCCGCCCGCUAUUCAUACAGUGCUAGGCUACGUACUCAUGGGAGUCGUGCCUGCGCUCGCCGCCCGCCCAGCAUGCGUGACGUCAUGCUGCGCCAUAGUGCCACAGCAGCCUAUGGAUCAUUUAAUUACCCGCUUCUGGGAACUGGAAGAAGUCCCCGGCUCGCCCGUUCAGCACCCCACGGAUGUUGAAUGUGAACAUUUUUACCGCUCGACUACGGAACGUGACCCCGUGACCGGCCGUUACACUGUAGCUCUCCCGUUUGAUAAAGACGUGUUUUUACUUGGGGACUCCUAUAACAUUGCUCGCAAACGUUUUUUGUGUUUGGAGAAGAAGCUCGAGACUUCUCCCGAGCUUCGUGCCGCUUACGAUGACGUCAUUAAGGACUAUAUUUCCAAAGGUUAUGUGGAGCCACUGACCGUUCCCCCGCAGGCGUCAUCGGACGAUUUGUCCCCGAGCUAUAUAAUCCCGCACCAUGGUGUCCUCCGCGAGGACAAGUCCACCACGAAGCUGCGCCCCGUGUUAGAUGCAAGUUGCAAGACUUCAUCCGGUGUCUCGCUAAACGAGGUGCUGCACAGUGGGCCAAAUUUACAAGGGGACUUGUUUAAAAUUAUUUUAAAUUUUCGCCUACACGCUGUAGCGAUGACCGCUGAUUGCAAACAGAUGUUUCUGCAGAUUAUGCUUCGCGAAUCUGAUAGACGCUAUCAGAGAAUUUUAUAUCGUUUUAAUCCAAACGAUCCUCUGGUUCUAUAUCAAUUUAAUAGAGUAUGUUUCGGUUUAAAGUCAAGUCCCUUCCACGCGCUCCGCACUGUGCAGCAGCUCGUCGACGAUGACGGCGCCGAGUAUCCCCGCGCGGCGGAGAUUGUCCCGUCCUGCCUGUAUAUGGACGAUAUCGCCUUUUCUGUUGAUACAGAACAGGAGGCGGUGGACGCAGCAAAACAGCUGAUUCAAAUGUUCAAGGGUGCCCAGUGGGAUCUUGUUAAAUGGAACAGUAAUUCACAAUACGCACUCAAUGAGUUGCCCGCUUCGCACAAGAUACCUACUGAGGUUGAAUUCGACAAGGCUACAGAGCAUAAAAUAUUAGGACUCGGUUGGUCUACUGAUAAUGACGACUUUUAUUUUAAAAUCGACCCUCCUGAUUUGGACUCAGUGUGUACCAAACGCACCAUAAUGUCAACGAUCGCCCGACUUUGGGACAGAAUGGGUUUCGUCGCGCCAACUGUAUUGGUAGCUAAGUUAUUAAUCAAGAAACUAUGGCAGCUGAAGGUGGAUUGGGACGAAGUCCCGCCCGACCAGGUAGUAAGGCUUUGGCGACAAUUUUGUCGCGAACUGCCGGCGCUUAAUGAGAUAAAAAUCCCUCGUUGUCUCAGCGUCGCGACUGGUUGCGAGGUGACCUUGGUAGGGUUCGCAGAUGCUAGUGAGCAGGCGCAAGGCGGCGUUGUGUACGUGCACGUCGCUUCUCCGUCGGGUAAUGUGGUCCGCCUUCUCUGCGCGAAGUCCAAGAUAGCACCCACCCCGCCCCAUACGAUUGCUCGUAUGGAGCUUUGCGCAGUUCUUUUACUGUCGAAAUUAUUACGCUCAGUACUUGAAACGUAUAAUUCCCGCAUUCCAAUUAAGGUCCGCGCUUACACAGAUUCCAAGGUCGCGCUUUAUUGGAUAAAAAAUCCGCCCCACCGUUGGCAAACAUUUGUUGCCAACCGUGUUAUUAAAAUAAAUGAAAAUGUAUCCGCUGAAAACUUUCAUCACGUCGCGGGGACAGACAACCCGGCCGACUGCCUGUCGCGCGGCGUCGACCCCUCCAAACUGAAAACCCAUCCGCUGUGGUUUAACGGGCCGUCCUGGCUAGCAUCGAAUGCUUCACAGUGGCCUUCCUUUGAUGAAGUUAACGAUUCCACUUUAGACGACGUUCCCGAACAAAGGAACCUAGUUCACGCUGUUUUGACACCUGCUGACGAGUGUAGUAUUUACCCCGCUGCUUCUCGUUCCUCGUCAUGGACCAAACUCCUGCGAAUAAUCGUAUAUAUAUGUAGGGUUUUAAAACUAUUACCACGCCGCGAACCUACGUGUAUUACCGCUACUGACUUGGAGUACGCAGAAACUAAAUUGCUGCAAAUACUCCAAAACAAACAUUUUAAAGAUGAGUUAUUAAAUAUUAAAAAUGACUUGCCUGUUUCCCCGGUGCUUAAUAAAUUAAGACCGUUUUUACACAACGACCUAAUCCGAGUUGGCGGGCGACUCUCCAAUUCCGAUUUAGAUUUCGAUAAUCAACACCCGGUACUUCUGCCUCGUGAUGAUCACGCGGUUAACCUGAUAAUACAAUAUUAUCACAAAAAAUAUUUGCACGCAGGGCCAGAGUUGCUCCUGUCAUUACUUCGCCAGAAGUACUGGAUUCUAUCUGCUCGGCGCGUAGUGCGGAGGAUAGUGCACCAAUGCAAUGUUUGCUUUCGCGCGCGCCCGCGUCCGACUUAUCCGUUGAUGGCUGACUUGCCCGACUGUCGCACGAAGCAAGUUACGAAGCCAUUCACCCACACAGACUAUCCUUUCAAAUCCAUGUUCUAUUGA